AUGGCAGCAACAUUGAAGCGUCCGCUCUCCGGGGCACUCCGAGCCUCUCCCUGCGCCCAGCUUCCGCGCGCACUGCCGCUUUGCGCUCAUGCCAGUUUCUCCGUGCUCAACCGCCCUCCCCCGAACUACCCCGGCCAUGUGCCACUGACGACGAUCGAGCGCGGCGCCCUGGCCGUCGGCUCCGCCGUAUGGUCACUCAUCGAUCCUCGUCGUGGCGACCUCAUUGCUGCCCUGGGCGAAGCUACUGCCCAGCCCUACUUCAUCUACCGCCUACGCGACGCCAUGCUGCGCGAUCCGACGGGCCGUCGCAUCCUACGGGACCGUCCGCGCAUCACCUCCAAGUCUCUGAAUGUCGAAUGGCUCCGUACGCUGCCUGAGAAUUCUGUCGGUCGCACCUAUGUCGGCUGGCUUGACCGCGAGGGCGUCAGCCCCGACACCCGCGCUCAUGUGCGCUACAUUGACGACGAGGAGUGCGCGUACGUCAUGCAGCGCUACCGCGAAUGCCACGAUUUUUACCACGCUCUCUGCGGCCUCCCUGUGUUCAGGGAGGGCGAGGUAGCGCUCAAAGCUUUUGAGUUUGCGAACACGCUUUUGCCAAUGACUGGCCUGAGCAUUACGGCAGCUCUCACUCUAAAGAAGAAGGAGAGGGAGAGGUUUUGGAGCAUCUACGGGCCAUGGGCGGUUGAAAACGGGUUGAAGGCCAAAGAGGUUAUCAAUGUCUACUGGGAGGAGUGUCUUGAGAAAGACGUGGAUGAGCUGAGGACAGAAUUGGGCAUUGAAAAGCCGCCGGAUUUGAGGGAUAUCAGACAGCAGGAGAAGGCAAGGAGAAAGGCGGAGAAGGCUGCUAGGGAGGCAGCUCGUCAGGCCGUUGUUUGA